UGACGUCACAGAAGGAGAGGAAGAGGCCGGCAUUCCAAGGAAGCCGGAAGCUUCGGGUCGCAGCGAGGACGCUCAGGGGAGAAAUGCGAGAAGCAGAGCGGGGGCCGAAGAAAGAAAGACAAGGUGGAGCUUGCUGAGAAUUCAACCAAUCAUCAUUGCCGAAGGAGGAGCGCGUUUGGCUUGGGAGCUUUCUCCCGUCAUUCCUUUAUCCAUCUUUAUAGCCGGGAAGUUAUAAUGUGAGAAGAGGUCCUGAGUGCACGUCGGCGGGACUGGGGACCUGGGCUACUGCUGCUGCCACCAGAGGAGGAAACAGAAACACCAUGAAACGUGGGAGGAAGAAAGCUGGAAGCCCGGAGAUGGAGGAUACCCUCUGUUGUUGCGAGUACUUGGAUCGGAAGGGGGAGAGGAGCCACCUGGCGGCGUGUCUCUGUGAGUGCGAGGACCUCGACGAGUGCUGUGAAAGGUGGCUGACUUGCAGAUCUUUGCCCCCAGGAAUUCUAGAAAGAAUUGCAGACACCUUCACGGACCGCUUUCGCCUCCCGUGGCUUAGGGGGGCUGUAAAGAUCGAUAUCAGCCUCCUUCCACCAAUUAUCCUGCUGCCUGUCUUCCUCCAUGUAGCAGCUUUGCACUUCCUCUUGGCUCUUGUCAUCCUGAUAUCACUUCCUGUACUGGUGUUGUGGUAUUACUACCUCACACACAGGAAAAAGGGACAAACUCUCUUCUUCUUAAGUCUAGGGCUGUUCUCCCUAGGUUACAUGUACUAUGUGUUCCUCCAGGAAGUGGUUCCCCGGGGCCAUGUGGAGCACAGCCAGGUGAUUCUUCUCACCUGUGGCUUAAUCUUCAUGCUUGUGGCCCUGUCUCGAGCCAAGAGAGACCCCGGCUACCUUCUCUGCCAAAUGAGCAGUGACAAAGCACUUUGCCAAGGCAGCAGCUUCAACAAUAACAACAUAUCAAACAGGAAUGGCCUGGAGAGCUCCAAUGGGCUUUACAAAGCAGCAGUAUCUGACAUUGCUAUGAACAGUUACACUGAGGGCUAUUCCAGAAAGUUGGAAGAGGGGCCAGGUGGGGUCAUGGAGGACUGGUGCACCAAAUGUCGCUUGGUUAGGCCAGCCCGAGCUGGGCACUGCCGGAUAUGUGGCAGGUGUGUGAAGAGACUGGAUCAUCACUGUGUCUGGAUUAACAGCUGUGUUGGGGAACAGAACCACCGAGCCUUUGUCCUCGUGCUCUCCCUUUUUCUGCUCACUUCAGUGUACGGGAUUUCUCUGACUCUGGACACCAUCUGUAGGGGGAAAGCUACCAUCAAGGCAUUGUUCUACUGUCCGGGUGUCUAUGGAGACUACAGUUCUGCCCUGUCGUUCACCUGUGUUUGGUACUGUACCAUUGUAACCUCUGGUAUGGGCUACAUCCUUUUCAUCCAACUCUUGAACAUCAGCUACAACGUGACCGAAAGGGAAGCCCGGAUGGCUUUGAGGGAGAACACUGGGCGGAGGCUGUUAUGGGGCAUGGUGGUCGACACAGGCCAAUACAAUCGGGGCUUCCUACACAAUUGGAUCCAGUUCUUGACCUCGCAGUUACCCGCUCUGCAGCACUCUACCGAAGACAUUGUAUGAAAGUGGCUUUAUCAAUCAUAUUUAGUUAACUCAUAGGCCGAUCAUCAACACUGUAAGGCAUUAGGGACAGAAAGCUGUCACCUGCUGGAACCUUGGGGAGCUCUGAAGCCAUAUUGCAAACAGGAACAUUUGCUCACGUGCGCUUUUGCAAAUGAUGGGCAGGAAAGACUUGAAUACAAGCGUGACUAUGUAUGCCAGCCUCUUAUUUAAAGCCACAGGUGAGAAGGCAUUGCUGGCAGCCAGCGAGUGGGUUUAGCGAACGAAGGAGAAAUGGAGCAUCCCCUUCCUUCUUUUGCACCUGACACAGAAAUCAAAUGGGUUCUAAUGCCAGUUUUGGAUUAGUGGCUCAGACCAUAAUUGUAUAUGCACAUACCAGGAGCCUGUAUACAUAACUGUUUACAAGGAAUUUACACAUUUGCCUGCCAAAGAUAUGGCUGCUAGGCUCAAGAGGUAGUAUAUGUUUAGAAGGGGUCUGAAUACAAAAGGUUUGAAAACCUGAAGGUGCUAGCGUGACAUAAUCUUAAUGUUCCACAGGCAAGUCAGUUGGCAAUUAUUGGACUCGAGUUUAAUUCUGGGUUUGUCAAUGGUGAUAGUCGUGGAUGGUAUUAAAAAGAGAACCUCUGCACUUCCAUCCCCAUGCAAUAAUGAUAAUGAAAAAGCAGACAUCAAAUGUUAACUUUCCCAUUUCCCCCCAUCUUUGCUUCAGUGGUUCUAGGUGCCUUUGUGAAACGUUUUCUUUGGAGUUGUGGGGCUGAUGGACGGCAGGAUGGUUCUGUAUGUGGUACUCUCAUUUGUUACCUCACCUUCAGAAAAAUGGGUUAACAUUAAUGAAUGUGUAUUCCCCACCCUCUUCAUUCAGAAAUAUUAAAAAUGAAAUCCACAAUGGCUGAAAACAAACUCUUAAAACACUUGGAUCCAAAAAUGUAUAAAAACAUGAAAAAUCCUUAGCAAUACUUAAUAAUGAAAGGAAAUUGACAGCACUUGUCACUGUCUUGUAUGGGAUAUGGAUCACACUUUUAAACUGUUUAUUAAUUUGUUUAGGGGUGUCAGUUUAAACGUAGGAUUCUUGUUUUAUAACUGUCAUACAAGUCAUGUAGACAAUCAGGUUAUACAGAUUUAAGUGCAAUUUAUAUAGGAUCACAGUGCAUUUGGGCUCUAAAGGCCAAGGAGCCCCCUUCUGUUGGGAUAACUGAUAGCCAUAGAUGUAGAAAAUGGUUGCUUUUGCAUUUACAUCCACUUCUUUCAUCUGGAGAGGAGGGUAGGUAUACCUUACAUGUAGGCCAGUCCACAACCUGAUGCUCUUCAGAUGUUAGUUAUUGGUUGGGGCUAUUGGGAGUUGUAGUGCAAAACAUCUGGAGGGCACUAGGUUGAGAAGGCUGGCCUAGAUAAUUAUUUGUAAUGGUUGCAUGGCUUACUGCUGAAGUAAGGCUUUGCACCUCCACUCAUGCAAUUUGAUAUGCUACCAACACAUAAGAGGUAGCGCACAUGUCAAGAUGAUAUAAACUCAAGCUGAGGCAGGAGGGUUACAUGCACAAUGCAAACUAGGAAUUUGAGGGAAUGUAGGAAUUAGAAUUUGCUAGUUGCUUAGUUCUCCAUAUAGCUUCACCUCAUCAAAUAAAUGUACAUGCUCUAGAAAGUUUGAAAUAUUCUCAUUAGUCACAUCAUUGACUGAAAAGGCAGAGUGGUAUAUAAUUAGAAAUCCUGGCUGUGUUUGGAUGAUGCACUAAACCAUAGUUUAUCAUGAUGUGAACAAGUCUACAUACUGCCCCUCCCCUUUCCCGCACAGGUGGGAGCUUUUGCUUAAAAUUGGUUUGUUUCAUUCAAAUUGACAAAGCAGUUAACAUUGAUUGGUUUAUUUGAACAAGCAACAUGACACCUUGACAACAAAAUAAGCACACCAUUUAAUUGAAACAUGUUUGUGUUUUGCCUUCAUUCUGUUUUAGCACACCAGUGUUAGAAGUCCUCCAAUCCUCAGUCUCUGCCCAGCACAUAGAAAAGCAUCUGUAAACCAUAAUGAUCAUUCUCUCACUCUUUUUCUCUGUACUAAUGGUAUGUAGGAAGUGUGCAGCAGGAACACAUUUAAGGAGUUUAAAUUAGCAUUCCCUGUUUUCUGUUUUAGCCAGUGAGAUAGGCUACCAGGAAAUCAAGUCUGUAGUCUUGCUGUAUCAAUAUAAUAAUCCUCUGAGCACCUAGUGUGACAAUUGUAAAAUAUGUGUCCCAGACAACAAAAUGUGCAGAGCUCUAAUAGAAUAAUUCAGGGAUACCCGGCGUGGUGCCCUCCAGAUGUUGGACUACAACUCGCAUCAUCCUUGAGACCCUGACUGAUCAUUGGCCAUGCUGACUCGGGGUGUUGGGAGUUGUAGUCUAGCAACAUCUGGAGGGCACAACAUUGGUUACCCUCAGAAUAAUUGGAGGGUAUAUAUUAUAUGAGUCCCAUAUAAUAAGCACUUACCGCCAUGUUUCAGCUAGCCUUUGAACAACCUGAGGAAGAUAUCAAGAACUCUUGUUUGCAUUGUGGUGGACAGAUGUGGCGGAUAGAUGUGGCGGAACAGGAAAUUGAAGAGAAAAACUAUAGUCUGUGGAUUGCAUCUAAAGCCAAUGGUUGAUUAUACUUUUAGCUUUUUUAGGAAUAUUGAAAGGAUUACCUCAUGAAUGUUUGGAAACAAAGCACAUUUAUAUGAAGGAACUGGAAAGACAGAUCACUAUGACUACAAAUAGUCUCACUCAGAUCUUUAGAUUUCUUAAAUGCUCUUCUGCAUUGCAGCACAUAGUGGAAGAUAAUGCUAAGCCUUUUUAUACUGAAGAAUUGCUUUGUAAUCUUUUCCCCCCACAUAGAUAUAGUUUUAAGGCUGAUCUUGUGGGCAUUCAUGUUGGCAGAAGAGCCAUGGGGUAUGAGUCCAACAUACAGCUUCUUUCAUCAG